GGCCAGAAAGGGAGAUUUUGGAGACAACAAUCUCUUUUUGGCACGCCUAGUGGGACCCACUGUGGGCUUUCACAAGUUUGUUGAUCAUAUUCUCUAUUACUAGAUUGUGCCACCAUGGCAAGUCCUUAUUUUGAUGAUUGCCAGAAGCUCUUCAUCACUCCGCCACAAGCUUCCUCUUAUGUCAAUCCACUUUAUGAUGAGAAGGCAACAACUGACAGUGAGUCUAUCAAAUCACUUGUUGAAAGGAUAGUUGAUUUUGCUGAGGAAUCUAAAAGGCUUUAUGAGGAACGCAUGAAGAGGUUGGAGGAAAAUUUGAAAGUAUGCAAAUUAAAUCUUCCAAAACUUAAAACCUCUCAACCCAAAAGGGAGGUUUUAAUGGAGGAUUCAAAGAAGUGCCAUGCAGCCGCGUCUCCAGGAACUUUGAAGCAGUUUUGCAAAUCGCAAAACGUGACAGAGAUGCCAAUUGUAAAUGAAGGUCAGACGACACUAAGGCCAGAGAAUAACCCCAUGAUCAUACUCGGGGGGCAUAAAUCACAAUUGCAGCGUGCUACCCAAAGUCAGCAACGUCAUGCAGCUUUGGAGGCGACUUCAACAAGUAUGCCUCCAAGUCAUUCUAAGUCUGCAAAGACUAAUACUAGCAAUAGUCCUCUUACUCCUGAGAGGUAUAAACCAACUCAGGUGCAGACAUGUCAGCCAUCGAUCAAUCAAGGUCUAUAUGAUGGUCGACAAAAAGCUAAUGCUGCUACACAAAAGCCAACACUUUGGCCAGCAUCAGUACAUAAAUUUGAUAAGGUAUCUACCUCAUCUACUUCUACUUCUUUUGAGACUAACGAGCAUGUUUCUUCUGCCUUGCUUAAGAAGUGUUCGCGGCGACCAUGCUGUCUUAAUGGUCGAAGCCCUUCCAAGUUCAAUUAUGGACAAUGGCUGAAGGUGAAAUAUCCUUUUAAAGUCGUUAGUUUGAAGAGGGGAGUCAUUUCCAAUCUCGGGGGGCAACCUAGUCAGAUUGAACAACAAAGGUUGCAAGACCUUAUUGUUAAUGAAGUUCACAAAGCUACAACUAAAAAGGCAGCAAGGUUUGUGCCGUUGCAACCUGAUGCCAAUUCAAGCAUCCAAUCAAUGCCGUCACAGCAAAAGCAUGUGUGCAAGCUUAGUCCACCUCAGCAGUUUGCAGACUCAUUGCCCAAGGCCACUCAGGUGGCAUGUAGGCCACCAUGUUGUUCAACAUGCCGUAGGCCAUAUUCAAAAAAUAAUGAUUCUUUCCAAAGUGGCUUUCACCAAAAAUUCCCAAAUUUUCCUUACAGCCACAAGGAUAACAUGGGAGGCGGCAUAAAAAACAUCAUGCCAUCACAUAUGCCAAGUCGAAGAAGGAGGAAGAAAUCUAAAGACCUCUGUUGGACACCAAUGAAGGAACAAAAGCAACAAACCCAUGUCUCUGAAUGGAGGCACGGGGGGCAUGAUCUCGUAGAAAAGCAUGGAGGCAUGUGCAAAUGCUACCUCUAUAAACAAAGUCAAUUUAGACAUUGUCGCCAUAUAAAUUUGGUGGCCUGCCUAAAGUUCCCUACCCAAAAUCCUAGGACUCUUCGAAGGCGGCUUCAAAAGAAAAGAGCUAAAGAGCAUCGGAGACAUGUUGCCGAGGUGCAUGCUUCCCAAUGGCAACAACCUCUAGGGAAGCAAAGGUUUAUCUGGGUAGAGAAGAAGAAACACAGUACAAUUUCUCAAGAGGCAAAUAAAAAUUCAGUCAAUGCAAUCGUGUCUCCAAAGACGUCUGCCAAGUGUGUUCCUUUCAAGUCAAAUGACUCAAAAGCAGCUAAAGAACUUAAUCAAGAUGCAGCCUCUAGUAGCAAAGAGGCAGUAAAGAACAAAGCAAACAUGUUUGCCAAAGAAAACAAAAUGAGGGAUCAUAAAAAAGAUGCUGCAACCUUUGUUCCAAGAAGAGGCAUGUUGCCGUCAGUUAAAAGCAUGCCGCCUAGGAGACAUUCUGCCAGGAAUAUGAGACCUUUGCAGACACAUGACAUUUUUCAUGAAGGCACAUACUGGCUACAAAACCUUGACGGUAGUCUGCAUCUCACAACAAUAAAUGGCUUACCUUUUCAGCCAUGUUGCCCUUCGAUCUAUAAGUCAUGCAGUAGAUCGAAGUGGAAAUAAUCUCUUUGCCUAAGUCAGGUUUGGGUGGAGAUCAGCUUUAAUUUAGUUUUUGUUUUUAAUUUUCUACAAUUAGUGUGAAUAAUCUUGUAGUUGAGCGGCUUUAAGAAAGGCUGUGAGAUGGCAUUGCUUUUGAAGACACUACUUUCUAUGAAGGCGUGCUUGAUUUAUGUCUCCAUGUCAACCAACAAGGGAAUUCAUGGAAUUGUUCUUUUUGGAGGCUAUAUUUUACCUUUUUUGUAGACACACUUUUAGCUGGCUUAUGUAUCUAUGAAGCUGUUGUCUAUUAGUUAUGUCUGCCAGAUGAUAUUUCAUGCUAUGCUGAAGAAAACAACAAUCUCAAA